UGUAAGUCUAUCUCGAGUUUAUCACCACGUAUAAUAUAAAUUAGUAAUAAACCGUCGCACAGUAAAUUCUGUUUGUAGAAAAUGAUGAAGUUUUUUGUUCAAGUGGUACUGGUGUUAGCUGGCUUUCAGUUUGCCACAGCUAUCCGCUGUUACGACUGCACCAGCGUCAACAACACCAUGUGCCUGGACCCAAGCAGCUACGACCCGGAGACUCUUCGCCGGUUUCUGGUCUUCGCUGAAUGUGGACAGGGCGUCAUAGUCCCGCAGAACUACUUUUGCAGGAAGAUUGUACAGACUAUCUAUCACACAAAACGCGACUCUGAGUUCCGGAUAACGCGCGGCUGCGGCUGGGUGCGCGCUCCACAAAACCUCAACUGCUAUAAAGCCGACAACCACGACCAUCUUGAGACGGUAUGUCAGUGCUUUGAAGAUGGGUGCAAUGGCGCAACGUCUAUGGUGCCAGGGUGGACAAUGUUUGUCGGUUGCGUUCUUAUCACGUUAAAUAAAUUGAGCUAAAAUUA